AUGCUUUCCAACGUCCUUUCCACCUCGGCCCUGCUUCUCCUGGCCAGCAAGCUGGUGUCUGCCCAGACUUCGUCUGCCUGCAACCCAGUGAAGGGUGAUAAGUGCCCCGACAAUGAGGCUUUCCCGGAGUCCCUGACCAUCGACUUCACCAAGGGCGCCAAUGACUACUUCACCAUUGCUGCCGGUACCACGCUGGAGUACGACAAAGACAUGGGUGCCGUGUUCACCAUCUCCAAGGAGAGCGAUGCCCCGACUAUCACCUCGACGAAGUACAUCUUCUUCGGCACCGUGGAGGCUGUGAUCCAGGUCGCCCCUGGCACGGGUAUCGUGUCCAGUUUUGUGCUGGAGUCAGACGACCUUGACGAAGUUGACUGGGAGUGGCUUGGUGGUGAUACCGCUCAGGCGCAGACCAACUACUUCAGCAAGGGCAAUGACACGGUCUUUGACCGCGGUGGAUUCUCCAAGGUCAGCAACCCGCAGACGGGUUUCCACACGUACACCGUGGACUGGUCGCCGACCGCCAUUGUCUGGUCCAUUGACGGCGCCGUCACGCGCACCCUGACGUCCGCCUCUGCCAACAACGGCGCGACCUUCCCGCAGACGCCGAUGCAGAUCAAGCUCGGCACCUGGGACGGCGGUGCGUCGACGCAGCCGAAGGGUACCAUCACCUGGGCUGGCGGUCUGACGCCCUUUGAUGACAACAACGGCCCGUACAAGGCUUACUACAAGAGCAUCAAGAUCACCAACAACAGCAACGGUGUCAAGGACGCGUCGUCGUACACGUAUGAGGGUACGACCGGCACGUACGAGAACAUCAAGGUCAACACUGGUGGUUCCACCGCCGCCUCGAGCUCUAGCUCUAGCAGCAGCUCCAGCGCCAGCUCCAGCUCCAGCUCUAGCAGCAGCGCCAGUUCCAGCGGUUCCGCCAAGGGCUCGUCGGCUACCAAGGACUCCUCGUCGGCCACCAAGGACACCACGGAGACCAGCGCUACCGGCAAGACCACCGCUACCGCCACUGGCUCUUCCAAGUCGACCUCGACGCUGGUCACGGCUACCACGACCGGCAAGUCUAGCACGGCCACUGGCACCAGCGCCAGCUCGUCGGCGAGCGGCACCUCGUCCACCGUUACUACCAGCGCUGGUGGCAAGGCCUCCAUGAGCAUCUUCGGCGCUGUCAGCGCUCUCUUGGCUGCCGUUGCCCUGCUGUAA